GCGGAUCGAGCCGACCCACCUGAAUGUGGAUGCUGUACAAAAGAACAGUUGGAAUUGGAUUUUAAUUGUUUGUGUUGCACAUUUUUACCCCGCCACCUUCAAACCACCACCUCCUCAGUUUUUUUCGUUAGUCUUAUUGCUUCGUCUUCAUAAGCGCCGUCUUAUCAUCUGCCCUGAUUCGAUAUUGCACUACAGAGAGUGCUAUUGGCAGCGAUUCCCCGACAGACAGAAUCCAAUUGGAUCAGGGUGAAGUUGGCCUAAUGGAGUGGAAGUGCAAGUUGUGCUCUGUAACUUCAAAUACCCGGAGACAAUUAUUUCAGCACUAUACUGUACUACAUAGCCAAUAUUCAACAGUCUCCCGUCUGCCAUGUCUCUAUGCCAGUUGCAUUUGUACUUUUCCAUCGUUCAACGCAAUGAAAGCUCAUAUGUCACGGUCUCAUAGGGAGUAUAGUAGAGUAGAUGCAGCAACCGAAGGAGCACGUGGCUUUUUUGCAUGUCCUUUGUGUGACUUUAAGCAUCCCUUUUCUGAGGAAAUUCUAUUUGGUCAUUUGAGAAGUCAUUUAAGAAGGGAUGAGAUGGUAGCAUGUCCGUUCAAGAAUUGCAAAUUCGGAACAAAUGUCUACUCAACGUUUAAUGCGCACAAAAGUAGAAAUCAUGGUAGGGAUUCAGACUUUGGUGAAUGUGUUGUAUUAGAAGAUAAUGCUAGUGCCCCAGUUGCAGUGACAGCAGAAAGUCUUGAAGAACCUGCUGGAUGUGAGAGUGCAGAAUCUGCAGACACAUUUGAUCUCGAUGAGGUUAACAGUGGGUGUGACACAGACAAUCUAAGAGCCCAGCUGAACCAUGACUUGGCAUCGUUAUUCCUAAAGAUGCAAUCUAUUCUUCAUGUAUCAGACAUGGCAUCUCAGCAAAUCGCGGAACAUUUGUCUCAGAUAUUUUCAUUGUCCCAGCCGAUACUCAAACAUGACAUUAGAGAAGUCUUACAGAGGCAUGACAUCACUGUUGGUAAAACAGUUCUGAAUGAGGUUGUCGGAGCUGUUAUGGACAGUAAUGUUGUUGUUAGUGCCACAGCCAAAGGGAAGCCGUUAUCUUCAGCCAAGAGAAGGAAAACCUUCAUCGAAAACAAUUACCCUGUGGUAAAGCCUGUACAGCAUGUGCUAGCGCCGGGACACACAGCAGUGCAUGUUUCCGUUCUUGAGAUGAUACAAAAAAUCUUCAAUCACACAGAUGUUCUGGACAAAAUGAAAGAAACAAAAGUGGCACAAAACGGUCAUUAUAAAAGCCACCAAGAUGGUUCAUACUUUAAAGAGAACCCAUUCUUGUCCUCAGAUGAGCUAAAGAUACCACUCAUUUUGUACAUUGAUGAUUUGGAAAUAGCCAAUCCACUUGGCACAUCACAAAAAAUACACAAAAUCUGCUCAGUGUACUGGAUGCUUGCUGAUCUACCCAGUAAAUACCGAUCAGCCUUGCAUGUGAUUCAACUUGCAGCUGUAUGUAAAGUGGCUGACAUAAAGACGUUUGGCUUUGAAAAAGCACUUGGUCCUCUGUUGCGAGACCUCCGCACCCUUGAACAAGAUGGUGUAUUCAUUGGGUCUAUUGGUCAGGUAGUUCAGGGAACAGUUAUGUGUGUGGUGUCUGAUAAUCUUGCAGCCCAUGAUUUGGCAGGCUUUUCAAAGUCUUUUAGAGCAGAACAUUUUUGCAGAUUUUGCACAGCUACUCAGGCUGGACUUCAGGCUCAUGAAGUUGCAAGUGGGGAGUUCAGUCUUAGGACGAAAGACGGCCAUAGUAGUGAUGUGCAUGCUGUAAUGCACGGGGGUAGUCAGAGUCAGAACGGUGUUACGGCAGAUUGUGUGCUGAGCCAGCAUCUAGAGCAUUUUCAUACCGUCACUGGCUUCCCACCUGAUGUCCUGCACGAUCUUUUCGAGGGCAUUGUGCCUGUAGAGCUCGCCCUGUGUAUCGGAGAGAUGAUCCGUCGCAAAUACUUUACCCUUGAGUAUUUAAACGACAGAAUGAUGUCAUUUCCGUACCAGCGCACAGACAAAGUUGACAAACCUCAUAAAAUACCAGAGACCUUUGCAGUAAGGAAAAGCAUUGGUGGUAAUGGCCAUGAAAAUGCGACACUGCUUAGACUGCUCCCUUUGAUCAUUGGUAAUGCAGUUCCUGAAGAGGAUGGAGCAUGGACUGUGCUGAUGGAGUUGAAAGAGGUAGUAGAGUUAUCUCUGUGCACAGAAUUUACAGAGGAGUCCAUCCAGUAUUUGCAGUCAAAGAUCCAGGAUCAUCGAGAGAAGCUGAAAGAGGCCUUUCCAGAUUUCACACUCCGUCCUAAACAUCACUACAUUGAACAUUAUCCUGACCUUGUACGCCGGUUUGGGCCCCUCGUACACUUGUGGACAAUGAGAUUUGAGGGCAAACACCGUUUUUUCAAGCGAGUUGUACAUGACACACAAAACUUUAAGAAUGUGUUGAAAACACUUGCAAACAAGCAUCAAUACAUGGUAGCAUACCAUCUCAGUACCUCAGGAUUCUUCAAACCUCACCAGCAGACGUCAACUGUCUCUUCUGUACUGGUAACAAGCCUUCCAAAUGUUGCCAAAACAUACAUUGAACAAAUAACAGCAAGCAAUGUUGUUUACAGCACAUCAAAGGUCUGCAUUGAUGGAACUGACUAUGAUGUAGGAAUGUUUUUGUCUGUGGGACAAAAGGGGGGACUGCCUAAUUUCUGCAGAAUUGAGCAGGUUCUCCUGGUUAACGGUAGUGUUCUGUUUCUUUGCCGAGAGCACACAUCAAACUACAUUGAACACCUGAGAUCUUAUGAACUUUCCCCAGAGAAUUUGGCUGUUCACACCCCAUCAGAGCUAAAUGACACAACACCUCUCUGCGCUUACAACGUAGAUGGAAGAUUGCUCUUAACGCCCAAACGGUUCAUAUUGCUACACUGAAAAUUGGAUGACGUGCAGCUGCUGGCUUUCCAUUCUAAGAACCAAGAGAUGGCUGACGCACGGAAGCAUGUGCUGCGUCUAUUGGUUGCAAGAGACUACGCCCUGAAGCUGACUCUAACUGAACGACCGCAGUCAGUGGAAGAGCUGAAAGAAAUUAUGCAAGAGAAGUUCAAGCCGAGACUGGAUGGGGACUUUGACCUGCAUUACGAGGAUCCGGACUUUGAUGGUGAUCUUUGUCUACUUGUGGACAUCCAAGAGUUGCCAGAGAAGGGCACAUUAAGAGUCAUCAGACCUUGCAGGGUUGCAGCUUGGGUUGCAGAAGUAGCAGCAGGGAGACGGAGCAGAAACAACCCUGGAAACGAGCACCCCCGCCAAGAAAUUGUUGGAGCUCUUGUGGCUCCACGGGUGAGACGUCAUGGACAGAUGGCCAACCCUGCUUAUGGAGUCACAGAACCAGGAGAUGGCUGCCGCCCAGAAGCAUGUGCUGCGUGUUUAUGUUGCAACAGACACCACCAUGAAGCUUACUCUAACUGAACGACCGCAGUCAGUGGAAGAGCUGAAAGAAAUGAUGCAAGAGAGGUUCAAGGCCAGGCUGGAUGGGGACUUUGACCUGCAUUACGAGGAUCCAGACUUUAAUGGGGAUCUUUGUCUUCUUGUGGACAUCCAAAAGUUGCCAGAGAAGGGCACAUUAAGAGUCAUCAGAUCUGAAGGUGACACCUCAUCUACUGCAUAUUCUGAUGCAGACUUACUCCCACCUGUACCUGCAACACAGCGUCAGAAGAGUUGGCCUGAUCACUUCGUUGUUCCUCGUUUUAGUUUUGAAGUGGAGCAUAAACUAGAAGAAGGAAAUCAUGUUUAUGAACAAUCAGGAAAAUUGCUGAAAUUGAAUAGGUCGCUGAAGAGUGAAGUCAUUAAAAAAAAAUGGCAGAAACGAUCUACAGCUUUAAACCAUACCCACAUGAGAAGGAAUUGGGAAUGGCUGCUAAAGCUCUGAUUGCAGCUCAUCCAUGUCUCAGAAUGACGGCUGGUGAAGACGGGGGAUUGGGAUGGAAACGCCACAUGGCGUACAAGGUUGCAUCAUACCGUUACAAUCUGGCCAAAGCUGGGGUUGCAGAAGUAUCAACACAGGGAGACUGAGCCGAAACAACCCUGGAAAUGAUCACGUCCUCUCCCCUGCCUUCCUGUUGGGGUGAUAACACCAGUUGAUUUAUACCUGUGUGCACUGUUUGGCCUCUUCUACCUCAGAUUGUAGGUUUUUUUUUAUUUAUUUAUUUAUUUUUAUUGGUUUGCACACAAUAAAAGUAACACUUACAAUCAAAAUAGUAAAACAAAUGUGAUUGUAGAUGUUGCACUGAAACAGUGUUCAAACAGUGUUAAAUAGCUCCAUAUUCUAUUAGUUGUCAUUGCUAUUAGGGUGGAUUCAUUAUUUUGGGUCUCAAUCUCAUCAGUAAAACUUUAUUAAAUAAAAUGUAUUUACAUGAUAAAAUUCAGUAAAAUUAGGAAAUAUAAUUUUACAUAAAUAAUAGUCAAAAAUGGAAUUGGAAAUGUUUUAAAUUUAAGGUGAUAGAAGUUUCUUUUUAGGGUACUUUUAUCUGAUUGGAUACAGAAGUCUUGACAAGAAGAUGUAUCCAAUCAGAAUAAAGUAUCCUAAAAA